GAUGUAUAUUCUACGGAGUUUCUUUCUCAUCCUAUUCAGUCGCGUCGUAAUUCUGACGUCCAGAGAAAUACAAGAGUGUUACGACGACGGUGCCGAAUUUUGUAUUUAUCAGGACGACAUUCUUUCAGUCGAUCUGUUGCCGGAUUCGUUUCUAUUCAUCGACUCUCAGCAAAAUAUCGAGUCGGCGAACGACACGUCGAAAAUAACGACGGACGGUACAAUCGACGAAGCUUUCAACUCCAUGGGGUUUCACAGAAAGAAAAUGAACGAAUUUCUGUGCCACGGAUUCCUGGCCGAACAAAUCUUAAACGAAGUGGGAGGAGCCCGAGUCAAAAGACGCCUCGAGAACUCCAACGAAAAAUCGUUCAUCGAAUAUUCGGAGGAAAACAACGUUUCUAUACACGACAAACUCCUCUCGGACGAAGGAAGUUCGAAGUACAAGGAUUGGUUGAAGAGAACGACGACACUGGACGACGUCUAUCGUCACUACUCUCCGAAAGCCAGGGGUAACAAAAUCGGCAAAAAACAAUCGGCCGACAAGCGUUACGACGAAAGCGAAGAAUACGACGGCGCCGUUACGGGUUACGCGAUGCCCGGUCCGGCGUCCACUCCAAAGGUCGGAGGAUACUUCGACGCUUCCGGAUCAGAUCAUUACCCAUCGGCUACCGGUCAUCACUCUCAUCACGCCGACUACUACGAUCAUCACGGUGGAGAUUUCUACCCCCAAAUCCACGAAGAGCAUAUCUACAUACCGAAUCAUCACGAGAGUCAUCACCACGACUAUCACAGACCGAGUUAUCAUCACCACGGAAAAGGGAAGGGUCACGAUCUCUCGCUAAAGGAUUUCUUCGAGAUCGCGCUCACCGCUCUAGCGUUUCUCGCGUUCGGACUCUUCAUCAUACAGUUGAUAAUGAAUGCCACGAACGCUUCCACGGCGACAGCCGCAGCCAUGUUACAAGCAGAUAUAGAUGGGAUGCGUUUCAAACGAGAUACGGGUGAUACAUCUUCGCCGUUGGGCUACUCGGGGAACCAAGAACUGAACGAGCUUUCUCACCGAGUGCUCAGAUCUAUAGAAGCAGUUUUGGUAGCUCAUCAAGACGGCGGGAAUUGCUUGCGUAGAACUUUGUGCGAAGACAAUAAACACUCGAAAGAAUACGAAGGCGGAAGAAGAAUCUGGGUACCGGUAUGGAGUUUGGGUAUGAGCUGGUUAUCCGGUCGGAUGUUGGGAAGGUCACCUUGGUCGACAACGUUGGGUUCUCUAAAAGCAACCGUUUUGGGUCUCGGUGGUGCCGACUGCGCGGUUCUCUUCCCCGACUGCGAUCUCAAAGAGGAAGUUACCAGAAGACGACGGAGGAGGAAGUGAAAACAAACGAGGGUUUUACCGGCUGUUGCAAGAAGAGGCAACUGGCAGACUCGGAGAUGGUCGAAAUCGACGCGCCGAGAGAGCUUUUUUUAUAUUUACUUUUUCUCAUUCGUAUCAGGAUUCGGAAAGUUGAACGUACGGUGUGCAAUGGAAACGGAAUUCAGCAUAAGAAUGCAGGUGGAAAAGACAAUUUCGUGACCGUUGAAAGAGCUUGGAAAGUUUUGAACUUAUCAAUUUUUAUCUGUCAGAAGACUUUUAGGUGUGCAAGCUAUCUAUCUUGCAUUGUCAGAAUAAUACCCGGAUAGCGCGCCGUGGUUUGAAUAUGAAAGAGGCGUGUGUUUUUUUUUUUUUUUCUCUCUUUUUCUUCUCAUCUUCUUCGGAAUACUCAUGAGAUCGGCUCGAGGCUUUAUUUGCGAAUUCCCUAUAGCCACAAUUAUUCAAAACGUAAAAUAUCCGAGGCUUGGGAACCGGAUGAUCAUGUUGGCGCCUAGAAGAGAACCCUCGGGAGGGGAGGCGUAAGAACGAUAAAUAACAGUUGGCGCUUUAAAAGUUUACGCAUAAAUUAUGAUUCCUUUCGCUGAGCGCCAUUACGGCUGUUCAAACUUUUUCGACUUGAUUUGAACGCAUGUAUUUAUACACCCGCACUGCGUCCCCUCCUCCCACUUAUAGGAAUCAGAGAGAGGAGGUGACGGUAAAUCAAAGUAUGGAAAGAAAGCUCUUCAUUAAUCCGGCAUCAGUUAUCACU